UCCACAGUUCCACCAGAGCCAGCGAUCCCCAAAGCACACAGGGGUGCUUUCUUCUCACGAUACGGCACUUCCUGGACCAUGCACUGAGCUGGAAGCAUCACAGGAGGUUUCUUCCUUUUUGACCAAGUUGAAUGCACGUGCACAUUCCCACAAGUCAACUCAUGCUUCUAGUAACUGCUGAGCCAUGUUUCCUUCCUGGGCACCGAGUGCUGAAGAGAUGCUCAGCCGACCCCUCAAGAAGCUCCUGUUUCAGACAGAGAAAUAGUGUCAGCAAUAAACCUGGAAGCGAUUCUGCCGCCUCCUGACUCCUUACCUUGGCACUGGAUUCCUUGGAGGGAUAGCGCUCCUGCCCCGCCCCUGAGCCCUGUGGGAAGCCGGAAGUGCUGUCCAGCUCUCACUCACACCCAGAGCAGGCUGUGCUCCAUCACCGGGGGUCCAGGAUCUCUCUCAGCAGCAGAAACAUGGCCGACAGCAAGGCCAAGCCCACCAAGGCUGCCAACAAGACACCCCCCAAAUCCCCAGCGGACUCUGCAAAGGACAAAGCAGCUAAGAGGCUGUCACUGGAGUCAGAAGGUGCCAACGAGGGGGCGGCCGCCUCGGCCCAGGAGCUCAGUGCCCUGGAGGAGGCCUUCCGGCGGUUCGCGGUGCAUGGGGACACCAGAGCCACCGGGAAGGAGAUGCACGGCAAGAACUGGUCGAAACUGUGCAAGGACUGCCAGGUGAUCGACGGGAAGAACGUGACUGUCACCGACGUGGACAUCGUAUUCAGCAAAAUCAAGGGCAAGUCCUGUCGGACCAUCACGUUUGAGCAGUUCAAGGAGGCGCUGGAGGAGCUCUCCAAGAAGAGAUUCAAGGACAAGAGCAGCGAGGAGGCCGUGCGAGAGGUGCACAGGCUCAUUGAGGGCAAGGCCCCCAUCAUCUCAGGAGUGACGAAAGCCAUCUCCUCGCCCACCGUGUCACGGCUCACGGACACCACCAAGUUCACAGGCUCCCACAAGGAGCGCUUCGACCCAUCAGGCAGGGGCAAGGGCAAGGCCGGCCGCGUGGACCUGGUGGACGAGUCGGGCUACGUGCCAGGCUACAAGCACGCGGGCACCUACGACCAGAAGGUGCAGGGGGGCAAGUAGCCAGUCCCCCAGGGACAGGGCCUUCCUCCUUUGCUGGCCCCACAUCACCUCACACUUCUUUACAUUCCUGGGCUCACUGGGGCAGAACUCAGACGCUGGGGUGGAGGGGCUGUGGGUGACUCCCAGACCUCCUCCUGCCUGGAGCCCCGGCACGCUCCUCUCCUACCCCAGGUGCAGCCCCUGAACUCACUGACCUUCCUCUAAUGCACCUGCCUCAUCCCACGUUGGGAAGUCAACGGAUGGUCAUUUCCAAAGUGUUUCCUGGAUCCAGACCACACAGGCCACCUGGUUUGCAGGUGAAAGGGGUGUUUUGAAGGAGCAGGUGGGACAGACCCUGCCAGAGGUGAUGCUGACCUCCUGACCAGCAGACCUGCCCAGGAACCAUGAGGGCAACAUGCACUAAUGCACUAACCAGCAGCACCAGGGAGACUACGUGAACCUCGAACAGGACACAGGGACGUCUCUGAGGGCUCCGUUCAGAUGUGCGACACAUAGGUGCAUGCUUACACACGCACACACUCACGCACUCAUGGACACAUGCUUACACAUGCUCAUGCCCCCCCACAUCCACUCACACACACAUGCUUACACACACACGCCCACCAACCAGGUCUGUGCUGAGGACGGUCAUGUGAGUGAAGGCUGGUGUGCGAAGGAAGGUGAGCCCGUGAAAGAAUGCUCCACAGGAGACCAAAGGAAAGUGAUCUGAAGUGUGAAGUUAGAAGUUUUUAAAAUGGACACUAAGGACAGGUCAUUUCAUUUUGCUUUUUAAAGAAAAGAAGAAAUCAGAAGAAACAGUGACUGUGUGUUUAUUCCCAGAGCGGAUCAGGGAAGAAUCAGAAUAUCCUGUGUCUGUGACUCUCUCUCCCUGUUGGCCCUGAGGCUCCCCCACAGACAGGUGUGUGAUGGGGCAUCUUCUGCCCGUCCCUGUUCUGAAAUCAGGGCCUCGAGGCAGCAGUCACCGUGGCUACUCCCUUUGCUCACAGUGCAGCACAAAUCUCUGCGGCUCCAGCCUCUGCAGUUAAUUCUUGCCUCUCUGAACUCUCUUGACCUGGGAGUGCAGGAAACUGCACAACAAGACCAGGCCAGGGAGGGCCUCCCCUAAAGGCCCACACAUAUGCUGGGGUUGGCAGGCGCUUUCACAGUGGCCACAAGGCAACACUCCAUUUGCAUACAUGCAGCCACAGCCUGGUGCGUCACCUUCUGGCUAUGUGGUCCUGGAGCCGAUCCUGGGAAAAGCCCACGGCAGUCUCAGAAGAUGCUUCCACAGCCAGUGUCUGCUCUGCACUUCUUCCUGGUCACGGCCUGGCCCAGCACGGGCGGCUGAAGCAGGGACCAGCACCGCCACGGCACACGGGCUGGUCACUGCUGGGGCUGGGGAAGGCUCAGGGCCAGCAUCUCCAGCUGUGUCUCCACCAGACCCCUCACACACCAGCCUCCCCUCACCAUCCCCGUCCGCCUCUGUGGACAGCUUCAUUCGGAGGUCCUGGGAGCUCACAGCGUGUGGCAUUGGAACCCAGGGGAUGGAGCGCAGGCUCCGAGGGCCACUUCUAGGGCUAAUCUCACCAUUGUCUCGAAAGUUUCUAACUUGGGGAUCCUAAGCUGCCAGCAAGGCUACUCUACAGUGAGGAGACUGAGGACCAGGGGCUGGGCAAAGGCAGGCAGGAUGCCAGUCCCCACCCUGUGCCUCCCUCCUCCCCCAGGCUGGACCUUUAGGGGAAACCCAAAGGCAAGAAUAACCUGUGGAAAACGUGUCUGAAGACAACUGAACGUGCAGUGUUUCUUGACAAUAAGCUGAUCACAAACCACAGCCCUCGUGUUCCAGCGCUGGCGAGGUUUCCUUCCGUGGCCACAUUUCCCCCCAUGCCUGGCGGCACUGCCACGGGGGCAUGCCGUGGGCUCCUGGUCAGGCUGCUUUUCUCCUGCCCCUGGGCAGCCCCGUUCCCCUCGUCACAGACACUGGAAUCGGCAGGACCUCGGCCACAUGCACGCUGGCAAAGGCUGCCCACACCACAGCCCACAGAGGCAGAUGUCACCUGGGCCUGCCAUGGGUGCAGGCCCUUCUCAGCCCUUCCUUGCCUGCUGGACCCCGGAGAGAGGUGCCAGCACCAGGACAGGUCUCCUGUCCCAGAGCAUUGUCUUCAGGCAAGAACAGCUCCACACGAAGGUUCCAGCCUCCGUCGAGGGCCAGCUGCCAGAGCACCCUAGGAAAUGGGGUCUG